GUCGGUGGACAGCGGCAGUAGGCUACAGACGGAGCAAGAUGCACGGCAGCCUGGUGUCAGGGCUGCUGCCUGCGGUGGUCCUCCUCCUGCUGUUGCAGGACACACACUCAGUCUACAUUCAGUACCAAGGCUUCCAGGUCCAGCUGGAAUCAGUGAAGAAGCUGAGUGACCUGGAGGGGCGGUGGGGGCCCAGAUCCUACCCCCAGACCCAGAGCCUCGUGCCCUCCGUGUGUCACCACCCGGCCCUGCCGCCGGACCUCCAGCCGGUCUGCGCAUCCAAGGAAGCUGACAGCGUCUUCGAGGACUUGAAGAGCAUCGCUAAGGACAACUGCGAGCUGUGUGUGAAUGUCGCCUGCACUGGCUGCCUCUGAGGGGGCUGGCUGCCCUGAGCCCACCCGGACACCGCCCCCAGCCCGCUGCCUUCCCAGCCUGCAGCCCCCACCGCCCCACUCCACCCCCGCCGCCCUGUCCGAGCCCCAGUGGGGCGCCUGAGCACAUCAGCACCACCGGCCAGAGGCCCGAGCGGCUGAACGUGGCACGAAGCCGUUGGACACAUGGUUGGAGGGGAGUUUGGUCCCUGAGGUAGCCCUGUUGCCCAAUAAAGAUGCCCCACCUACCUAGAGCCGGAGUCGGGAGACCCUGUGUCCAUCCCCGGGAGCCCCGGGCAGAGGUGCUUGGGAAGCUGAGUGCGUGAGGAGAAAGGCUGAUCUCGGGAUACAGUCAGGAGCUUCCCAGUUUCCAGCACCUGCAGAGUUGGGUCAGCAAGCCCCAUUUCAUAGAGGAGGAGGGACGCUGACGGGGGAGGGGGUUGUGGAAUGAGUCCUGCCAGAUCACAGAGCUAAGGCGCUGCAGAGCGACCGCGACCAUCUAAGCCUGCAAGCCGAGCCCUAGGCCUGGCCCAGCGACAGAGCCAGAGCUGCUCUGCUUCCCCUGGGAGGUGGGGCUGCCCCGUGGGUGGGCGCAGGGAAGAACCACGUGGUGCGCCCUCCCCAGGCCGGGUGUCGGGGCUCCUGAGAGGAUGGGCCUGGGCCUUCGCCCUUACCUUCCUGAGCGCCCUCCCUUCUCAGGCUCCCCAGGACCAUCUGGCCAGCUCCAGACCUUUCCUCCCUCUCUCCAUCCUGGCAGCCCUGAGGAAUAAUAAUAACAAUAAUAACCGAUGUCAGGGCACCUGGGUGGCCCAGUUGGUUGUGCUUCUACCUUCGGCUCAGGUCAUUAUCCC